AUGACUAAGGGGUAUAAAGCUAUUAUAGGCGAGUCUAAUGCAGUGGAUUGGUACCAUAUGCUGUGCCACAGUAUCGCUAGACCUCGAGCCAAGAUGAUCCUUUGGCUGGCCAUUCAGGAUAGACUUCCAACAAAAUAUAAACUAUACAAGCUUGGUAUGAUUCAGCACCAACGAUGUGAGCUUUGUGAUGGAGAAGAUGAGAGCCUUGAUCAUCUUCUGUUUCGGUGUCCCCAAACUGUGAGAAUAUGGAAUGAUUUAUUGCAUUGGUUGGAUAUUAAAGAUACCUAUAGUUUGAACUUUGAUUGGAUGAAGAAGAUAACUAAAGGCAAAGGUAUAAAGAGGAGUAUCCUGAAAGCUGUGAGUACUGAGGUAGUUUCCAGCAUAUGGAUGUAUAGAAACCACAAAACAUUUGGCAAUAUGGGUCUAUAUAGCAACACUGAUAGUAUCAUCACACAUAUACAAGAUAUUAUAGUUUAUAGAGGGUGGAUGAAAUCCACCUAUAGAAAACACAUAGCUAAUCUCAUUAUGUAA